CUUCGAGCGAGCCGGUCGCCGCCCGGGUCUGGCGGAGGCAUACAUCUGCGGGCGCGCUGACGUCGCGUGUCGCAUCGCGUUAACUGAGGGCUGGCUGCCCGAGAACCAUUCGUAAAAACAAACUCCUUUACUCUGUUGUCGACGGCGGCUGCGCUAGGGCGGGCGCGCGCCUGCGCCGCGGAGACACGGGACGCCCCAUGGAGUGACCCCCGGCGCUCGUCCAGGAUGCGCGGCUCUCGCGCGGCAGUGCUGGCGGCCGUCGUCACUGCGCUCAUCGCGCAAGGCGGCGGGCUGCGCAUGGGCCGGCUGCGCGUGCCGCAGUACCGCCUGCGCGGGGAGAGCGCGCUGCUGGCGUGCGACUACGACCUGGGCGACGACGCGGUCUACUCCGUCAAGUGGUACAAGGACGACGAGGAGUUCUACAGAUACGUGCCGCGCUCCACGCCGCCCAAGUCCAGCUACCCGGUGCCGGGCGUCAGGGUGGACCACGUGCUGUCCGACGACAAGACAGUGGCCCUGAGGUCGGUGAACCUCCAGUCCAGCGGCCUGUACCGCUGCGAGGUGUCGGCGGAGGCCCCGUCGUUCGCGUCUGCGCAGAAGGAGGCCCGCAUGGAGGUCGUCUAUCUGCCGAAGGAGGGCCCGCACAUCUCCGGCGACCAGGAGUACCAACCUGGCGACGAGGUGAGCCUGAACUGCACCUCGGGCCGCUCCCACCCGGCCUCCGUGCUGCACUGGUACAUAGACGACAAGCAGGUGGAGCGGCAGGACUGGCUGGUGCCGCUGCCCGAGGCGGCGCACGCGCACGGACUGGUCUCCUCGGCGCUGGGGCUGCGCUUCCGGCCGGCCGCCGCCAGGGGCGCCCCCGUCGCGCUGCGGGCGCGCUGCGUGGCCAGCGUGUUCCCGGGGCCUCGCCCCAUUCCGGGCGCCCGCCCGCUGCGCGACUACUCGCGGGAGGUCCUGCUGCUGGCGCGAGCGGCCGGGUGCAGCCGCCGCGACUCUUGCGGCGCGGGCGUUGUGCUGGCCGCGUCGCUCCUGGCGCUGGGCGCCGCGUGACUCCCUGCGAGCCUCCCCCCGGCGCCCCGCCGUCUUCCGCAGCGCACCACGCGACCACCGGCGACACGCUCGGGACUGAAACUAUGCGUGCGCUCCCCAGCACAGGCUAGGCUGUGAGCAAUAACCCACCGGCGAGAGGUGUUAAAUUAUACAUUAUAUUAUUUGGUGUCAAACAAGACUAACUUUUUUUUAAAGAAAUUUGAAUCACUAUAGGUUUAUUUUUCAACAAUGAAUGUGUGUUGUCGUCAUAAUGUUGGCACCACAUGUAUUAAACAAAUACAUGGUCCAUACUGAUGGGCAAAUCGUCUGCCUGACGGGACAAACACGCCAGAACAUCUUGGGGCUGUCCGGUAUUUUUUGCUUCUGGUGCACGUGAAGCCACGGCACAAAAGGCUUCGUAAGAAGUGUGAUCAUAGCCUCUCGCAUAAGAAAAACCACCGGUGUGGAUGCUAAUCACUGUGCUACGAUACAUGGGUGCAGUUAAUGUGGUUCAAAACGUUUGUGCUUUAUUAGCUCACACAUCGUCCACUGAAAUACCAAUUCAAUCCUAGAAAAAAAAGGAGAAAUUGGCGUGUUCAUUUCGUGAUGUGCUUUUUUUUUUUUCUCGAUUGGACCACUUUUUAUUUUGAAGGAUUACCAACCAAUGAUAAAAUGUAAAGAAAAGAAGUAUCGAAUCACAGGCAUGACGUCUCACGUGUCAUUAGCCAUUGGACAGGUGUUAUUUGCACGAGUACAUGGAGGACUAUGGAGGACCUUGGAGGACUAUGGAGGACUGGUGGACCCAAAGGCUCGUCAAGAAUCAGCUUGUGUUUAGAAGCGAAUUAGUUACUUCCCUCCUGCCUCUCAAGGUAAACUCUCUCCCCCCCCCCCCCCCCCUUUUUAUAUUCUUCUGGAUCCACACUGCUGUGCAGUCUGACCUUCAUCGAGCCGCUAUAUCUUCUUUUCCCUGAUCAUAGAUAAGUUCAUACUGCUGUGAUUCCUUAACGAUUACAAGUUGUAAGAUGUGAGUUAAAUUUGGUGUAUAAUGCACAGCUCAUAGUCUUUUUUCUUUGUCACAUGGAAGAGACAUUAACAGGCUAGUUGUAGAUAAAUAAAUUAAAAACAGUUAAAAAAAAAUCUAUAACAGCAAAACACAAAGUGGUGUUUAAUUUUAUUAACACAACAUUAAAAAGCAACCUUAUCGUAAAAAAUGGGACAUUUUUUGGCAGGUGAAAUGUACUUAUCUAUGUUGUUGCUUACGCGUUUGUUUUAUGGAUAUAAUUUGAGCUGAGAAAAGAUCAUAAAGAAUAAAAAGAAGGAAAUCCAACUAACCUUAAAGAAAUGAAAUAAAACUUGUACCUACAUUUAUUUUGACUAUUAAAAUAGUUAUAUUAAAAAUUAUGUGCUUGUAUUAACUUUUAAAUUUAAAUUAUGUUAGUUUGUAAGUAGAUACAAAUUUUUUGUGUGAUUUAAGCAGAAAAUUUUUUUAACUGCAAAAAGUGGCAUUGGUCAUUCAUCUACUGAUAUAUGAAUUUAAGGCAACCUACUUUAAGAUUGAACCUUUGCUUCGUAAGUUACAAUUGGCAUACAUGUAACUAUUUCUUGAAAACUUCCUCAAAACAUGUUAAAAUAUAAAUAUUUAUGUAUUAAAUAUGUUAACACCAGUAAUACAUGUAUAUAUAAAUAAUAUUAUGGUUUUUUAUAUUACUUAAAUGUUCUAUAAAACAUAACAUACAAAAAACUGUUUUCAAAAUAGUGUCGUUUCUAUUACCUGGGAUUACGCGAGAAAUAAACUUACUUGCGUACCUACCUGCAUACUUCAAAUUAAAUUCGGACAGCCCUUUGUGAUGUCACUUCCAGGGACAAGUACAAAGUCAACGUCAAUGAAGUUCGUUCACUAAGGUUUCUGUAAUUAAAAAAAAUGAAAUGUGGGGUCAUUGAAACGUUUUAAAAUGCAUUGUUAUAUGUAUAUCUAGACAAUGUACAAGUGUCACAUCUGAAGAAGGGAAAAUAAAAAACAAAGAAGGAAAGGAAAGUUGGUCUGAAAGGUGCCUUCUGAAGCCCAACACUUCUCAAUAAAGUU